AUGAAAACCGGGGCAUCAAAUGAACUAAGCGCUGUGCCAACGCCUAUCGCCUUGACGGACGAAGAGGGGUGGGCAACGCCUGCGGUGCUGCAGGACCUAGUCUGGCAGUCGGACCCGAUAAACGACCUCCUAGCACCCUCACACCCCGUCGACACCACCGAAGAAUCGGAAAUGCGAGGAGCAGAUGACUGGCUAAACGGCAUCGCGAACGAAAUCGGCGAUGUAUGGCUUUACGGACCCCCAGAUGACGACCUAUCUCCACAGACAUCUAUGGUUACGGACCCCCGCACGGCCGGGGGAAGAAUAUACAAAGGAUGUAAAUGCCCUGAGCAUUAG